AACCUGCACAGGAACAAUCAGGGCACGGCAAGUUGCAGCACCAUUGUGGUGAGAAAAAUUCUCAUCCCUGGGUGGAUUCAGGGGUGCACGCUCAAGCAAACAAUCUCACCACCAUGGUGCAAAGCAGGAAGCUUGCAGUAAACAUCGAACUUCGUGUCAGCCCCUUUACAUUCUGUCUUGCAGCCAAAUCUGGACCUGAUACGACAUCUACCUGGUAUUUUGGUCCCUGCAAAAGCAGAUAUUCCAUUGACAAUGCAGCGACCAAGCCAGCCGCUGCCCAACGACACAGAUAUCCUUCGAGCAGCACGCGCCCUCCACUCCCAGUCCCCACAAAUCAGCCGCAAUGAGCUCUGCGUCAAGCUUAAGCAGGACAACAACUGGGACACCGUUUCAAACAAGCAGAUCAAGAAGGUGCUCGCAGAGUACGGCUUAGAUGGCAACGCCGAGCCCGCACCUCCACCUACACUCCCUGCAAACGCCCUGGCCGCCCAGCAGAAAUACAAGGACGAAAGUACACGGCUAUUCCGACUCUACGGCCGAGGCAAGUACGACUUCGGUGUCAGCCCAAAUUCAGAUCAACAGAUCAAGAUCGACAUUAUGCACCAGCGGCUUUUGGAUGCUGGAUGUCCUGGCCCUUUCGAUCCAACCAGCAAGGCCGCACUCGGCAAUGCGUGGCCCCUGCAAGACAUGUAUGAGUUCUACUGGGCCGCAGCGCAAAAGACAGGAGGCGCCGUCACACGGGAGGAUGUGGGCAGGCAGCUCGAGGCAGAGUAUGGGGUCAGCCCAUUGCCAUACCUGAAAGAGCAGUCACUGGCGGAGAUCAAGGCGCGAAAGGCAAAAUCCAAAGAGGCAGCAUUGAAGUUGAAGCGAGAAUUGCUGAGAACGCCAGAAGGGAGAACGUACAUCAAAACCAAUGCGCGGGGUGAGCCACUCUGGGACGAAAGCAUACAUGGUGAAUUUGUGGUUCUGGUGGUCAAGAUUAACAAGGGGGAUGGUUUGACUGAAUAUGUUCCGGUCUGAUGGAGCACAAAUUCAAACUCAAAGAAGCAUAGAACACAACCACACUUGACCAGUUGAAUGGCAUCUCGUGUGGAGUGAACCGCUUCCAAGCUCAGCUCGACGCUUGUGCGUUGCUGGAUGCUAGAUGUUGAAUUUAAAUGGGCGACACCACAGGGUUUGACCUUGUUGAAUGGAAUGGAGCCUGUAGAG